AUGUACUACUGUGCUGUACCCUCUUCUAACGGCUACACCAUAUACUAUUGUCGUCUACACUCCUCUAACGGCUACACCAUGUACUACUGUGCUGUACCCUCUUCUAACGGCUACACCAUAUACUACUGUGCUGUACCCUCUUCUAACGGCUACACCAUAUACUACUGUGCUGUAGCCUCUUCUAACGGCUACACCAUAUUCUACUGUGCUGUACCCUCUUCUAACGGCUACACCAUAUACUAUUGUGCUGUACCCUCUUCUAACGGCUACACCAUGUACUACUGUGCUGUACCCUCUUCUAACGGCUACACCAUAUACUACUGUGCUGUAGCCUCUUCUAACGGCUACACCAUAUACUACUGUGCUGUACCCUCUUCUAACGGCUACACCAUAUACUAUUUACCCUCUUCUAACGGCUACACCAUAUACUGCCGUCCUGUGCCCUCUUCUAACGGCUACACCAUAUACUACUGUGGUGUACCCUCUUCUAACUGCUACACCAUAUACUACUGUGCAGUACCCUCCUCUAAUGGCUACACCAUAUACUAUUGUCGUCUACCCUUAUCUAACGGCUACACCAUAUACUAUUGUCGUCCGAAGAUUUUACAACACAACUGCCCCACCGACUAUUCACUACUCGCCUUCUCUGGACACUAA